UUAAUAUACCUCACUCAGCAACUAUGGUCUAACAAUUAAUUAAUUACAAUAAUUAUGUUGUACAGUUGCAUCUUCAUCCACAUUUUUACAUUUCAGAUAUGUGACAGUGAAUGCCGAAUUAUUAAUGUUAAUGCAAAAUAUGGAGGUGCUACCCACGACGCAUUUAUUUGGGAAAAUAGUCAAGCCAAUAGAUAUAUCCAGGACAUAAAUAAAAAUAAUGAACAAGUUUGGUUUUUAGGUGAUUCUGGAUAUCCACAGAGGCCUUGGAUGAUGACACCAAUCCCAGAUGCUGCUGAAGGUACGCCAGAGGCAAAAUAUAAUACCAUCCAUGGGAAAGCCAGAGUUGUAAUAGAAAAUACAUUUGGUAGACUUAAAAAUAGGUGGAGAUGCCUUUGUAAGGACCGGACAUUACACUACACCCCCGAAAGAUGUGCAACUAUAAUUAUGGCAUGUAGCGUUCUACACAACUUAGCGAUAGAUUUUAUGGUGCCCGAUCCUGAAGAAGAUGUCAUAGAUUCUUUAGAAUUAGGAAUAUCAGCAGUUUCUUCAGAAGAACCUCUUCGCGACCAUGGUUCUAGAGAUGAUUUGAUUCGCGGUAGAACACUAAGACAAAUAUUAGUGGAUAGAAUUAAUAGACUACACAUUGUUAAUAAUUAAUUUAAUUUUCCAUUUAUUUUUCUAGGUUUUGUGUUACCAUGUGUCAUAAGAGAAUAAUUGUAUGAGAACUCUGUCUGUAUUUUUUUUCUUCAUUUGUAAUUUUAAACUCAUUGCACAG